CCAGACACGCGACUCCACCAGCAGAUCUCCGCCGUCAGGGAUCCUUCUCUCUUCCUCUCUCUUCCUCCCUGUCUCUCUUUCUUCCUCCUGAUUGUUCUCACCGACUUUUAUCUCCCCUUCUUUCCCUCCUUCCUCCCAUCUCUCUCCCUCCUCCUCCUCCUCCUUCUCCUCCUCCUUUUCCAAAACGAAAUGCUAGCUUCCUUACCCCCCAUGGAUUUGGCACGGUCGUUUCCCCACAAUGCCAACGUCUCCCGACAUCCCUCCGCCGAGGAUCUUGAUGCCGCCCAGCAGUUGAUCUCCUCCGCCCAAAGUGGUCGCGAACAUCUUGUCUAUCGUCCCGAUCUCGCCCCCAGAGUCUACGAUGCCCGCUCCACGCCACCCACCACCACCUCUCAGGAUGCUCUCCCUCGUCCCUCUGUCGAAGGCCCGAAAGGGCCAUCUUCCGACCACUCCACCUCUCCCAAACCCUCCAAAGAUACCUCCUUCCUCGGGCACUCUUGCAGUAACUGUGGCACCAAAAGUACCCCCCUCUGGCGUCGUGCCCCCAACGGCGCCAUGAUCUGUAAUGCCUGCGGUCUCUACCUCAAGGCUCGAAACGUCGCUCGUCCCACCAAACGCCAUCGCACCCACUCCAGUCCCGACGAUCUCCCCCCGCACGAGGCCGACCACGAGCACUCUCCCGCCCCCAAUGCCGGCAGCUGUUCCUCCAACGGCUCCUGUCCCGGCGGCGGUAAUUGCAACGGCACCGGCGGCGCAGAGGGCUGCGAUGGCUGCCCUGCUUAUAAUAACCGCGUCUACAAGUCCACCCCGCGAGGCACCGUCCCCGUCCACGCCUGGAACCGCGCUCCCCCUGUUGACACCGACCACCUCGUCCCCGACGCCGAGACGCCCGCUGGGCCCGCUCCGACCGAUGGGAAUCUACUGGUCGCGUGCCAGAACUGCGGCACCACCGUCACUCCCCUCUGGCGCCGGGACGAACAUGGCCAUCCCAUCUGCAAUGCUUGUGGUCUCUACUACAAACUUCACGGCUGCUACCGACCCACCACCAUGAAGAAAACCAUCAUCAAACGCCGCAAGCGCGUCGUGCCCGCCCUCCGCGAACAGUCGCCCACCGGGGCCCCCCACUCCUCCUACGGCUCAUCCGCCUCGCCCGAGGCCGCCCCCGCGCCGCUCCACGAGGAUUAUUACCGACCCUUCGCCGCCGCCCCGCCCCCCGUCGACUUCACCGGCUUUGGCGCCGGCGUCGGGACCCUGCCGCACCAUCCCCCGCCGCCUCGCCUGCUGGAGCCGGACCGUAUGAGCCCGCUCCGUCACUCUCCGGGGCCACCGGUCGGCCGCCGGUCCCUCUCCCCCCACGUGGCGCCCGUACCUACCCGCUCCUUGGCCGAGACGGCCUCCUCGGCCGAGGCCCUGUCGGGGCCCGUCACCCUGGAGGCGGGCUCCAACCAGCUGCCCCCGAUCAUGGCUUCGCCUCAUGCGCCGCCCGCCCGGCUCAGCUCGAUCUCCACCCUGUUGAACCACGCGCGCGCGCCCCCAUCCACGCUGGAUCCCGCCCUCGCCGCCAUGGGCCGCAUGCCGGCGCCCGCUGCGUCCCACCCCAUCCGGGACGACCGACGACUGCAGCUGCAGCGCGAGGCGGAGGAGAUGCGGGAGAAACUGCGAGCCAAGGAGCGCGAGCUGGCCGAGUUGGGGCGUUGACCCUGGCUUCUGCUUUCUUUCUUGAUUCUAUUUCUUUUCCUUUUUAUGAUUUUUAAUUACUGUACUAGGCGCCGGGGUUAAGUUGAGAUACC